AUGGAGGGUGCUUUCACGCAUGUGGGAAACCACCUCAUUUCUGACUCGGCCGCUGCCAUCAAAGCUGGCACCGACGACUUUUCCGCCCUCGGCACCGACGAGAACUUGCUCUAUGGCAAAAUGCCCGACCCCGAUUCUCGCCGCCGCGCAGACGACGAUGACAACGCCACUGAGACAUAUGACAAUGACAAUGAUAGCGUCAGCAGUCCUGUUGAUGGUAUGGACGGGCUGAACCUCGAUGACGCUGACGAGAAGGAGCUUCCUGCACACGCUUGCGCGUACUGCGGCAUUCACUCGCCAAGCUCCGUCGUCAAGUGUCUGCACUGCAACAAAUGGUUCUGCAGCUCCCGAGGCAACGGGAACUCGACGCACAUUGUCAACCACCUGGUGCGCGCUCGCCACAAAGAGGUCCAGCUUCACCCAGAAUCCUCUCUUGGGGAUACCGUCCUGGAAUGCUACAACUGCGGUACCAAGAAUGCCUUCCUUCUCGGCUUUAUCCCUGCCAAGUCAGAUACCGUUGUCGUGCUCCUGUGCCGACAGCCCUGUGCGUCAGCUUCAUCCAACAAGGACAUGAACUGGGACACAUCCCGCUGGGAGCCCCUCAUUGCCGAACGUGCUUUCCUCGAAUGGCUGGUUUCACCUCCCUCCGAUGCCGAACAACUGCGAGCUCGCCACCUCACUCCCAACAUGAUCUCCAAGCUGGAGGAGAUGUGGAAGGUUGAGCCCAAGGCUACGGUGGUGGAUCUCGAGAACUCAGCCGGCGUCGAGGACGAGCCCAACCCGGUCCUCCUGAAAUACGAGGACCAGUACCAGUACCAGAAUAUCUUUGGACCCCUUGUCAAGAUGGAAUCAGAUUAUGACAAGAAGCUCAAGGAGGCACAGUCCGAGGACAACCUCAUGGUUCGCUGGGACUACGGACUGAACAACAAGCACGUUGUCAGCUUCAACCUCGUCAAGAUUGAGUCGGGAGACGUCAAGCUUGCUGUUGGUGACGAGAUGAGGCUGCGCUACAAUGGCGAACUACGUCCGGCCUGGGAAGGAGUGGGUUACGUUGUUAAGAUCCCCAACAAUCAGUCGGACGAGGUGUCCUUGGAACUGCGCAAGGUGGGAAAUGAGAAGUUGGUCCCCACGGACCUGUCGCACAACUUCUCGGCCGACUACGUGUGGAAGGCAACGUCGUACGACCGCAUGCAGCUCGCCAUGAAGACCUUUGCCCUCGACGAGCUGAGCGUGUCGGGAUACAUCUUCCACGCUCUGAUCGGCAACGCUGCGACCUUUCAGCCUAUGAAGCUGGCUCUCCCUAAGAAGUGGUCCGCACCCGGUCUUCCCGACCUGAACAACAGCCAGGUCGAGGCCAUCAAGUCCUGUCUACAGCAGCCCCUGACCUUGAUACAGGGCCCACCGGGAACUGGCAAGACGGUGACGUCUGCCACGGUCAUCUACCACCUGGCCAAGGCCUCGGGAAACCAGGUCCUCGUCUGUGCCCCGUCAAACGUCGCCGUGGACCAGCUUUGCGAACGCAUUCAUAGGACUGGCCUGAAAGUGGUUCGCCUCACGGCCAAGUCGCGCGAGGAUGUCGAAUCCUCGGUCAGCUUCCUCGCCCUCCACGAGCAGGUGCGCAUGGCAGAGCACAACAGCGAGCUCGUCAAGCUGGCUCAGCUCAAGAGCGACGUUGGCGAGCUGUCGAGCCAGGACGAGAAGAAGUACAAGCAGCUGACGAAGAUGGCGGAGCGCGAGAUCCUGACCAAUGCCGACGUCGUGUGCUGCACGUGUUCUGCCGAGCCCGAGUGCCUGAUUCCUCUCGUACUCGGGUGCAAGCAGCUCGUUCUCGUGGGCGACCACCAGCAGCUGGGCCCCGUCAUCAUGAACAAGCAGGCUGCCAAGGCCGGACUAAACCAGUCCCUCUUUGAGCGCCUCGUAAACCUGGGGCGCGAGCCCGCGAUGCUCAAUACGCAGUACCGUAUGCACCCUUGCCUGUCCGAGUUCCCUUCGAACAUGUUCUACAAUGGAGAACUGCAGAACGGAGUGACGGCCGAGACACGUCUGAGGCGUGAGGUCGACUUCCCUUGGGUCCGCCCCGAGAUGCCCAUGAUGUUCUGGACGAACCUUGGCCUCGAGGAGAUCUCGGCGUCGGGUACGUCGUACCUCAACCGCACCGAGGCGUCCAACGUCGAGAAGGCAAUCACGCGCUUCUUCAAGGCGGGUGUGAAGCCCUCGGAGAUCGGUGUCAUUACACCGUACGAGGGCCAGAGGAGCUACAUCGUGACGAAUAUGCAGAACUCCGGUACGUACAGGAAGGAACUGUACAAGGAGGUCGAGGUUGCGUCGGUCGAUGCCUUCCAGGGCCGUGAAAAGGACUUCAUCGUUCUGUCCUGCGUCCGUUCCAACGACAACCAGGGCAUCGGUUUCCUCUCGGACCCACGCCGCCUCAACGUGGCACUCACGCGAGCCAAGUACGGACUGGUGAUCCUGGGCAACCCCAAGGUCCUCUCCAAGCACGGGCUGUGGCACAACCUCUUGGUCCACUUCAAGGACCGCAACUGCUUCGUCGAGGGCCCCCUGACCAACCUCCAGCCGAGCCUCCUGCACUUGGUCCGGCCCAAGAUCAGCUACCGGCCCAAGAACGGUCAGAAGCCGUACGGCCCCGUAGGGAGCCGUACGAUGGACCACCGUGGCCCACCCGGUCGCGACGUCGACACGGGGUCUACGAUGUCGUACAUACCCGACGACGUCUCGUCGGUGCACAGCUCGGCUCUGGGUGGCGGGGCAGCGCUUGGCGGUGCGUUCCCCAGCAUGUUCUCCAACUUCAGCCCCGAUCAGUGGCCCGGGCUCCCCGGCGUGUCGGGCCCCGGACGCGGCGACAAGGGCCGGUCGCGUGGGCCGGAGAGCGUGGCUGGUGAGAGUGUGGCGACGACGGACUACACCGACGCGUCGAGCAGCGUGAUUGGCGGGCGCGGCGUGGGGCAGGGAGGUGCCAGCCUGGGCGCGGGCCUGCACGACGCCGUGACGGGCAUCAGACAACUCUCAUACACGCAGAGUGACCGGCUCAAGCAGUACGUCGAGAGCAACGGACGCAACGGCUACGGAAGGCGGUACGACGACGACGAGAAGAGCGUCAGCACGGCGUUUCACAGCCAGAUCGGACGGGGCUACGAUUGA